AAAGCGGCCGCCCCCGCUCCCCCCGACCCUAAAGGCAGCCCCGCUUCCCCCGGCUCGCAGCCCCGGCGCCAGGAGCUGGGAACGUGAGAACCUGAAUCCCACAAGAGCAGGGAGCGAGGUGACUCCCCCCUCCCUCCAACCCACAGAUCCCAGAACUCAAAAGUCCACCCAGAAAGGGCAAAGGGAAUGGGAUGGAUUUGGGGGCAAGGAGAGUGAAAACACGCAGGAAACAUCCCCAGAUGGGGAAAUGGGGAUGGGGAUUAAUCACCAAACCGCACCCCAAAGCCAAGAAGUCAAGGCUCUAGCAUUUCUCUUUGGGGUUUCCACCUCCCAUGUGCAGACACUUUGGGUGGGUCAGGGAUUGGGGUCUGCACUCGGAGUCCUACUGACCCUGUACCCGGUGCCUUGCAGCGGCUUGUCACAGGAGGUGGGCAGCGUGGAGCAACUCACCCUGCGCUGCGCCGAGGGCUCCCUGGAGUGGCUGUACCCCACUGGGGCUCUCCGCCUCCGCCUGGCCCCCCGCCUGCCCCCCGCCACCACCUCUGAUGGCCGCGGCCCCCGACACGUCACCGCCUGCCUUCAGCCAGCCGGCACCUUCCGGGGUGCUCAGCUCUACCUGGAGCGGGACGGGAAGCUGGAGCUGCUGCUGCCUGAGGCAGAGGUGGCCCCGCGGCCCCGUGUGAGGUGUUUCAGCUGGCCACCCCAUGAGCAGGUGGCCCUGUUCCUGCAGGCCACCCCGCAGCGUGACAUCAGCCGCCGCAUCGCUGCCUUUCGCUAUGAGCUGCGGGGGGAUUGGCUCGCCCGGCCCGCGCUGCCUGCCGAAG